AUGCGUAGAAACAUCAAGUCAUUGAAUAUCGACAGAGACGGUGUGAAAGAAAAAAUGGUACAUAACGAGAGAGACGAUCUUGAGAUCCCAACUAAUGUCCAAGAAUGGUUGGAAGAUGUAAAAAAGAUCAAUGAAAAGGUGGAAAACCUGCUCAGUACUGAUGUUGUAUGUUGUUUCAAUAUCAGAAUUAGGUACAAGAACGGAAAGAGAGCCUGCAAGAUUAAUGAGGAGAUCCACCAUAUCAUGGUAUGCAAUUCGAAGAUCAUAUGGACUGAUCAUCGCAUUCCUCCGGGCAGAAUUCGUCCCAUGAAUGCAUCCACCAGCUCUGUAACAUCAAGUGACCAUCAUGAUCAAUUCCCAUCAAGAGAGCAUAUUUUUACAGAAGCACUAAACGCACUCAAACCCGACAAUGCUACCCGCAUGGUAGCCUUAUGUGGGAUGGGUGGAGUAGGGAAGUCAAAAAUGGUGGAAAGACUGAAGAUGAUUGUGCAAGAAAGGAAAAUGUUUGAUUAUUGGGUUCACGUGGUUAUAGGGCAAGAAACGGACUUGAAUAUCAUUCAGAAUACUGUAGCACAUUAUCUAGGUGUAGAGAUUGGAGAGAUAGCUGAUCAACCAGCAAGAAUUGAGAAGAUUCUUAAUAGAUUCAAGGCUAUCUCUAAAGGAGGUGAGAUUAAGUUCCUCAUAAUACUUGAUGAUGUGUGUCAGCGUGUUGAUUUAAAUUAUAUUGGUUUAAGUCGGUUGUCAAAUGAAGGUGUGAACUUUAAGGUCUUAUUGACUUCUCAAGAUUUAGAUAUUUGCAAUAAGAUGGGAGUUCAAGAUAACUUAGUUCUGAAUGUGGAAGUCUUAACAGAAGCAGAAGCACAAAGUUUAUUCGAUGAAGUUGUAGGGAUGCGUGAUGAUGUGGAGAUGGAGGAGCUCAAUAAGAUAGGCAAAGAUAUUGUAAAAAUGUGUGGCGGUUUACCCGGGGCUAUCGAGAAAAUGGCAGUUUAUCUCAAAGAUAAAAGCAGGAGUACAUGGAAGGACACACUUUCUCGUUUAGAGCAGCAUGAUCGACUUAACAAAAUUGAGCCUACUGGUUUUGAAAAGAGCCUCGACAGUCUCGAAGAGGAGACGCGGUCCAUUUUUUUUCUUUGUGGAUUGUUUCCAAGUGCUAUUCCUACCGAAGAGUUGCUAAGGUAUGCAUAUGGCUUGAAAGUAUUUAGAGUGUUUUCCAUAGAAGCUGCGAGGAUUAGGCUAAGCAGCAGCAUUGAGAAGCUCAUGCUGAAGAAUCUGCUGAUGGAAAGUGAAGAUGUUAGCUGUAUCAAGAUGCAUGAUCUGAUGCUUUCUUUUGUUUUGAAUAUGGUUUCCAAAGGCAAGGAUGCUUCAUUUGUCCGAUACGGUAGUAUGCCAAAGUGGACUGAAGAUGAUAUGAGCAUAUACGAAAGAAUUAUAUCAACAUGCGAGGGUAUGACUCGUUUUCCUGAAGACCUUAAAUUUCCAAAGCUCUCGUUUUUGAAACUUAUGCAAGGAGAUGAGUCGUUGAGCUUUCCUUCAUACUUUUACAAAGAAAUGAAAGAACUUAAGGUUAUAGAAUAUGCUAGCAUGAAGCGCUAUCCAGCAAUAGAGGAAUGCUCCAUUAAACUUCGAGUGCUUCAUCUCCAUCAAUGCUCAUUAUCGAUAACUGGUUGUUCUUCUAUUGGAAAUCUAUAUAACCUGGAAGUGCUCAGUUUUGCUGGAUCCAACAUUCAAUGGUUACAUCCCAGAAUCGGAAAUUUGAAGAAGCUAAGGCUACUGGAUUUGACAGAUUGCAGUGCUAUUCUUAUAGAUGAGGGUGUCUUCAAAAGUUUGGAAAAACUUGAAGAGCUUUAUGCGAUAGCUGGUGGUGAAGAUCGAAAUGCCAUUAAGUUCACAGAUAAUAACUUAAAUGGAAUGGCAGAACGUUCAAAAACACUUUCUGCGUUAGAAUUUGAGUUCUUUGGCAGCAAUGCCCAACUGGAGAAUAUUUCGUUUGAGAAGCUUAAAAGAUUUAAGAUAUCUGUGGGGCGUUCUCUAGACCGAGGUUUUAGUAAGAUCACACACUCAUACGAAAACACGUUGCAGUUGGUGACUAACAGCUUUGAUGUAUUCAAAUAUAAAACGAAUGAGUUAUUUAAGGAAACAGAAGUGCUCUGUUUAAGUGUGGCAGAUAUGAAUGAUCUUGAAAAUAUUGACCUGAAGUCCGCACGUCCUCAUCAACACUCUUCGUUCUACAAUUUAAAAGUCCUUGUCGUUUCAGAGUGUGCAGAGCUGAAAUACCUUUUCACAACAGGUGUUGCAAAGGAUUUGUCAAAGCUUGAGCAUCUUGAAGUUGAAAAAUGCAGUAAUAUGGAAGAACUCAUACAUACUAAUGGUAGCAGAACGACAAUUAUAUUCCCCAAGCUGAAGUUUCUAUCUUUGUGUGGGCUACCGAAGCUAUUGGGUUUGUGUUGUAACGUCAACAUAAUUGCGCUACCACAAAUAGUAAAGCUGCAACUUAGAACCCUUCCAAAGAUCACAAACAUUUAUCCGGUGAAUAAUUCGGAAACAUCUUGCUUGUUAAAGAAAGAGAUUAGGGUUCCUAACUUGGAGAAACUGCAAAUUGAACACUUGGAAAAUUUGAAGGAGAUUUGGCCUCGUGACUACAUUAGGACAAGUGAGGAAGAAGUUAAUCUGAGAGAGAUUUAUGCGAAGGAUUGUGAUAAUCUUGUGAAUCUGUUUCCGUGCAAUCCCAUGCCAUUGCUGCAUCAUCUUGAAGAGCUUAAAGUCAAGAAAUGUGGUUCCAUUGAAGAGUUAUUCAACAUCGACUUGGAUUCUAUUGGUCAAACUGGAGAAGGCUGCAACAACAGCAGCUUGAGAAAUAUCCAAGUGAAGGAAUUAGGAAAGCUAAACGAGGUGUGGAGAAUAAAAGGUGAAAAUAACUCUGGUCUCUCCAUCCGUGGCUUUCAAGCUGUUGAAACAAUAACCAUUACCGCAUGUACAAGGUUUAGAGGCGUAUUCACACCUACCACCAUCAAUUUUGAAAUGAGGGCACAUAUAAUCAUGGGUGCAACUACAACUCACGAUUGA